AUGUUCUUCGUGUUCUUCCAGCACACAGUCGACGCCAGACCAAGUUCCUUUUAUUUUGUCUUUGAUUUUGCAGCCGACCAGAGUUUUCGAACAAAUUCUCCUUUCUUUCUUUCUUUCUUUCUUUCUUUCUUUCUUUCUUUCUUUCUUUCUUUCUUUCUUUGCUGCAUUGAGACCACAACAAUAUUUCUUUUCGUCAUUCACCCUUUCGUUCUUUCUUUCUUUCUUUCUUUCUUUCUUUCUUUCUUUCUUUCUUUCUAUGUGCUGAAUUUUCUUUUCACAUUUUAUAUUCCAUUUAACUAUUAUAUUAAUUUCUUAAUGUUUCUAUUUCUCUUUCUUUUUUUUUCCUUCCCGUCUUUCUUUUCUCAUUUUCGUUUUUCUUCUUUUCUUUUUCUUUCUAUUCCUUCUUUCUUUCUCUUUUCUCAAUUUUCUUUCAUUCUUUCUUUUUGGGCAAUUUCUAUUAUUCACUUAGUUUUUUAUCAUAAAACAUUUAUUUUCCUUUUAAGCAGUCAUCAUUUUCCUUUAUUUUUCUUUCUAGCUUGGAGUUUUUUUUUCAUUCUUUCCUUUUUCUUUAUUUUUCUUUCCCAUUUUACCUUUUCUUUUUUUCUACUCUUCAUUGUAUUGAUUCUUCUCUCGUCGUCUUUCUUAAUGAUCCAACUUGUUUUUCUUUCUUCCUUUCGUUUUCUUUCUUUCUUUUUCUUUUUUUCGUUUUCUUUCUUUCUUUUUUCUUUUUCUAUUUUCAUGUCUUUUAACUAUUUCCUUGUAAUUUUCCCCACUCUUUUUUUGUUGUCUUUCCUCACCCCUGUAUAUUUCUCUAUAACGUUUUCAUUAAAAUAUUUUUUAAUUAUACUCUCUUUCUUUCUUCUUUCUUUCCUUUUUCUUUCUUUUUUCUUUCCUAUUUUGUUUCUUUUUUCUUUCUUUUUCUUUAUUGGUUUUCGUCUGUGUUUUCAUUACCUUUUCUUUUCAAUCAUUAAUUUUAAAAAAGUAAUUGUUUCAUUUAUUUUCGUCUCUCAUACUUUUUUCUUACACGUUUCAUUAUUUAUUUCAUUCAUUCCUUUCAUGUUUUUCAUUAAUUCUUUGUCUUUCUUUCUUCCAUUUUUCUUUCUUUAUUUAUUACUUCCAUUUGUUCAUUCUUUCCAUCUUUUGUUUUUCUCUGGCUUUCUUUCUUUCUAUCUUUUUUUCUUUCUUUCUUUCUUUUUUUCUUGUGUCCUUUCAUUCUUUCAAUAUUUCUUUCUUUCUUUCUUUAUUUUAGUCUUGCGUCCUUUCUUUCUUUCUUGCGUCCUUUCUUUCUUUCUAUUUUUCUUUCUUUUUUUUCUUUCUUUCUUUUUUUUCUUGUGUCCUUUCAUUCUUUCAAUAUUUCUUUCUUUCUUGCGUCCUUUCUUUCUUUCUUUCUUUCUUGCGUCCUUUCUUUCUUUCUUUCUUGCAACCUUUCUUUCUUUCUAUUUUUCUUUCUUUCUUGCAUUCUUUCUUUCUUUCUUUCUUUCUUUUGUCCUUUCUUUCUUUCGGAAAUGUUAA